AUGGUCAAGUCUUCAACCUGGCUGCUGCUCGCAGCGGCUACGGCUGUCAUGGCCAUGCCCGCUCCCCACGAGUACGAGGUCCAUGAGCGUCGAGACCAGGUUCCCGCCUCUUGGACCGACAGCAAGAAGCUCGACGGCUCAGUAAUGCUGCCCGUUCGAAUUGGACUGACACAGUCCAACCUUGAUCAAGGACACAAUCUCCUGAUGGAAAUGUCCGACCCGUCAUCUAGCAAGUACGGCAAAUACAUGACCGAAGCGGAGGUCCACGAUUUCUUCGCGCCUGGUCAGAAGGCGAUCGAGGACGUCCGAUCCUGGCUUGAAUCGUCUGGUAUCUCCGGAGACCGUGUCAGUCACUCUGUGAACAAGCAGUGGUUACAGUUCGAGGCCAGUACCGAGGAGUUGGAGGCGCUUCUUCGCACUGAGUAUCGUCUUUACUCGCAUGCUCACACUGGCCGAUCACACAUUGCCUGCCGCGAAUAUCAUAUUCCUCGUUCAGUCCGCGAGCAUAUUGACUUCAUCACCCCCGGUAUUGUGCCUCGAGAGGUGACAGGCGUCUCUCCCAUCGGCAAAGACAAGCUUAGCAAGCGCCGUGUCCAAGGCAACCCUGCCAAAAUUCUCCCUGUUGCACCGGGCCUGAUGGAAAAAAUUCAAAAGGCGAACCCUUUGGAUUCUUGUGACACUGCGGUGACCCCCGAGUGUAUUCAACAGUUGUACAACAUUCCCAAGGGUCACUCGGCGACUCCCGGCAAUGAGUUGGGCAUUUUCGAGGCUCUGGGCGAUGUCUACGCACAAGAGGACCUGGAUUUGUUCUUCAAGAACUUUGCACCUGAGAUCCCCAUUGGAACUCAUCCCAAGCUCGAGGGAGUUGAUGGUGGAGUGGCUCCUACGACACCUGCCAACGCUGGUGCCGAGUCCGAUCUGGAUUUCCAGAUUUCGUAUCCGAUCAUCUGGCCGCAGAAUUCCAUCCUCUUCCAAACCGAUGACAUGGUCUACGAGAGCAACUACACUUACCUGGGCUUCCUCAACACCUUUUUGGAUGCCAUCGAUGGCUCGUACUGUAGCGAAGUCUCUCCCCUGGACCCUCCCUAUCCGGAUCCCGCGCCCGGUGGCUACAAAGGUCACCUGCAAUGUGGAGUUUACAAGAAGCCCACGGUGAUUUCCAUCUCCUACGGGGGCGCCGAGGCCGAUCUGCCCAUUUCCUAUCAGCGACGUCAAUGCAACGAAUUCUUGAAGCUCGGCAUUCAGGGCGUCUCCGUGGUCGUUUCGUCAGGCGAUUCGGGCGUGCAGGGUGCCCGAGGGGAUCCCACACCGAGUAGCUGCCUGGGCCAAACCGGCAAGAUCUUUGCGCCCGAUUUCCCCGCGAACUGCCCCUAUCUGACGGCCGUGGGUGCGACGGUGAUCCCAGCCGGGGCCAAGGCCCAGUCUCACCAGGAAGUGGCCGUGUCUCGCUUCCCGUCGGGGGGUGGCUUCAGCAACAUCUACGAGCGUCCUCUGUAUCAAUCCUGGGCGGUGGCGAAUUACUUUUCCAAGGCCGACCCGGGAUAUCCCUACUACGAGAGUGUCAACAACCAGAGCUUCGGGGCCCACGGGGGCAUUUACAAUCGCAUCGGUCGUGGGUAUCCGGACGUGUCUGCCAUUGGCGACAAUGUGGUGAUUUAUAACAACCAGACCGCCGUCAAGAUCGGGGGUACGUCAGCCUCGGCGCCCGUUUUUGCGGCGAUUCUGGUUCGCAUCAACGAGGAACGACUGGCCGUCGGCAAGCCGACCGUGGGAUUCGUCAAUCCCGUGCUGUAUGCGCAUCCCGAGGCCUUUUUUGAUGUGACUCAGGGGACCAAUCCGGGCUGUGGGACCAAGGGAUUCAGUGCCGCGGCGGGUUGGGAUCCGUUGACGGGGCUGGGUACUCCGAACUACCAAGCUUUGUUGAAGGUGUUUAUGGGCCAUUGA